AUGUAUUUUCCUGCCUAAGUGAUUACUAGGAGAGGGGUGGAGUAGCUAAUUCCGUACUAAUUGCCCUAUCCAGGGAAGCAGGAAUGCCAAUGUGUUUAUAUAAUCCAUACUUCAUGCAACCUGAAUAUAUAACCCAUCAUACCUGCAGGCAGAAGUAUUAAAUCCAUAUCUGGGGAGAUUUGUAGGCUUUCAAGUGAUAAACACUUCCGAAGGAGCACAGGGGAAAGGCAGGAAUGAACUGCAAGGUGCCAGCUUCCCUUGUCCAUCCUGGCCCAGCACUGCAGUACCAUUUGUGAAGACAAGGACGGUAACCUUGGGGUGAUGCACCUUAAGCUACUGUAUCAAUUAACUGAGGAUGGUUUUAGAGAGGUUGAUUGUCAGUGUGUCAGUGUGCAGAGGUGUCCUAAAUGCCUGCAGCAUUCAUCCCCAUGCCUGCUGAUGGGCUACUCCUGCCUGCCAGACCUCCUUGUCCCCGCUGCCACCACCUGAACCCAUGGAAUGGGAAAUAAUGUGAACUGGAACUGCCAGGGAAUGGUGGUCCUGUUCCAGUUAUGGAAUGGGAUGAGUGGAAUGGGCAUGAGGGCCUGCAAAAUUGCCAACACAUCCAGGAAACCUGAGAGGACGCUUAAUACAGCCUUCCCCAUCCCAGCAAUCUACCCCACAGCCGCCGGGCUGCCUCAGCUGCUCAUACAGAGGUUUUCUGUACUCGGGGAGCGAGGGAGUUUCUCAUUUCCCAUCGACACAGAUCCGUGUCCAUGGGCAAGGGGUGGGUGUGUGUGAUCCUCCAGAGAGGAUCGCGGAGUUUGGAGAUGGUGCAUCCUUGUGUAGCCCUGAUGCCACCCUAGAGGCGCGGUGUGGACAGAAACGACAGGGAAAGGGGGCGAGAAAGAGCGGAGAGCCGAACGGGGGCAGGACGCUGGGAAGCGCAAAGGAGUAGGGAGGGAAGGAAGAAAGCGGAAAAAAAAAAAAAAAAGGAGGAGAAAGGGGAGGAGAUGAAAAGCAAGGGGAGAAGGAAGGACCGGGCGGGGAGGAGGCGAGAGGCCGGGGAGCAGAGCAGAGGAGGGAGGCAGCUCGGCACAGGGGGACGGCAGCGGCGCCCCGCGGGCCAUGCGCCUCCUGGCCGCGGCGCUGGCCGCGCUGCUGGCCGCGGCCUCGGCCCCAGAUGUUUGUGAGGCUUUAAAUGUGACGGUCUCUCCUGGACCAACAGUGCAAUACUCCGAGGGGGAUAAUGCUACCCUUUACUGCCACAUUUCUCAAAAGAGGAAGACAGACAAUUUGCUGGCUGUGCGGUGGGUCUUCGCUGCAUCACCUGCCCAGGAGCAUCUGAUGAUCAAAAUGACAAAGUUUGGGUCUGUCCAGUAUUAUGGAAAUUAUACUCAUCAUUUUCACAAGCAAAGACUUCAUCUUCUUAAAGAAAAACAGGGAACUAUGUACAAGUUUCUUAUUUUAAGUCUUCAGCAAACAGAUCAAGGACAUUAUAUAUGCAAAGUACAGGAAAUUGGCAAACACAGAAAUAAGUGGACAGCAUGGUCAAAUGGUACAGCAGCUACUGAAAUAAGAGUGAUUGCAUCAAAAUCUUCUGAUCAUCCCACUUUCAAGAAAAACCAUGAAGCUUGGAAGUUUUUUGAAGACCUGUACGUGUACGCAGUGUUUGUGUGUUCCAUAGGAAUCAUCAGCGUCCUCCUUUUUACACUCGUCAUUCUCUGUCAGUCACUUCUGAGCAAGAGGAGAUCCACAGUGAAACAUUACCUGGUGAAAUGCCCUCAGAACAGCUCUGGGGAGACAGUUACCAGUGUGACAAGCAUGUCUCCUCUACAGCCUAAGAAGGUAAAGAAGAAGAAAGAGAAAGAGAAACUGGAGCAGCCACCAGCCAUCCCAGCAAAAGCUCCAAUUGCCAAUAAUUUCCCAAAGCCCAAGCUCUUGAAACCUCAAAGAAAAUUGAUCCUGAGUCCAUGCUGUUCCUGUGUGACUUCUGGAGCAGAGUCCUCUCAGUGACCAUAGCACUGAGCUAUUUAAGAGAAGCAUCCUUCUGCCUUCAGCUCAUACAGCAUUGUUUAUUGCAGCAUGGAUUGGAUCACCAGUGGCUCAGCACUACAUGAUUACUGAGAUCUGCUCUUGAUGAUGGUGAUGUAAAAGCUGCUUGAAAAACAGGAAGGGAUAAUGGUUAUCUAAGGAGGAGGGAAUUUUCUAGCAGUCAGUUUUUUGCACAACUAGUAGGAUUUCUCAGUAGUCUUAACUGUAGGUACCAUUGGCUCAUUUCUUGAGAAAGAAAAAGGAAGUGGAACACAUCUGCUCAGUAAUUUCUGAAUUCUGAAGCUGGGUCUUCCCUUCUACUGGAUGACUUUAAUUUAAAAGUUGCGCCAGCCUCUGGAAGAAGAGUUGCUUCCUGCACAACAUGUAACAAAGAGCAAUGAUUUGAGUUCCCAAUUUCUUAAUUUCUUAUUGAUCUCCACAGACCUCCAGUAAGACCAUACAUGUGAUAUACAAAGGAGUGGUGAACAGUUUUUCCCUUGACUCCUUUUAUUCUUUAAUAUUUCCAUUCAGUCCUCAAAUUCCUCUCUCUAUAAGAUGAGUAAUCUUUUCUUUUUCUUUUUUUCCAGUUUCUCCAUAGGAUGUAAGAUGUCCGUAGGACAUGAAUAUUAUUUGCACAUUCAGGUUGACACUUGGUACUCAACAUAUUCAAAGCUACUGGGUUAUGCUUGCUUCCCCAUUCAGAUUGAAGUUGCUAUCUUUACUCCCAAGAAUGAAUAAUUUGUAUAAAUAUGUAAAAUUUCUUGUUGAAUCUGUGUCAAGACUCGUGUAUUUACAAAAUCCCGCAGUAGAUGAUUUUUGUGUGAUGACACAUUUGUGGUAACAGAAUUGUCACCAGUGAAGUGAAAACUUUUAAUUACUUCAUUGGCUUUUUUUAAAUGAUAAGAAGGAAUCAACCUGAUUUCCAGCAAUGUUGGUUUAGAAUCUAGGAACAGCUGCAACUGUAAAAGCAAUAGAGCAUGAGCAAAGGUGAGGAUGCUCUUCCCCAAAAACUCAUUCAGUGUGACUUACCAAAUCAUCUUUGUCCCUGACUCUGUAACCAUAACUUCUUUGGGAUUCAAUAACAAAAUUUAGAUGCAACGGUGGAAGAGUCUUCACAGAUUGUUGUGGAUAUUGUUCUCAGGGAGUAUAGGAAACAUUUUAUGCUAUAGGGACUAAAAAAUAGUCAUCUUAGUGGGAAAACUUUUUAACUUUUUAACUGAUAAUGCCACUAAAAGACAUAAUUACUACUCUCCAUAUUUUCCACUGUCAUAUUUCUUAGCUUUGGAACUGAAUGUCUGUCUUGAUAUUUCAGCACUCUUACUGGCCAGUAGGGCAGAUUUCUAAAGGAUAAGUAAUUUUGCAGAUCUAACUUCAGAACUUCUGCAGAAGUAAUUUCUGGAGCUCCUCUGUUCCAGAGCAAUCUCUGGUUUUCUGCUAGCAAUCAAGUCACUGACAUAGUAAACACUUGAAGCUCUUAAAAAAAAUUCUGACUUCUGAGUUAUGGUACUAUCUUAAUGAGGAAGUCAUCCCACUGAAAUGCAUAGGGUUUGGGCACUAAGUGUAUCUGUGGCCCUCAGGAAAACUACUGAUUUCAGCACAAGAAAGGCCACAUCCUCUAAAGGGAGAGAUUUUCCAAUGUAGAUUUAAAAAUAGGACUGUCAAAGGCUAAUCCUUUCCUUUCUGAAGCUACAGUGAGUUUUCUCCUGCCUGACCCCACUGCCAGCAUGUGCUUUCUCCAGUGUCCUGGUGGCCCAGACAAGGGAAUUGCAGCCCAUCCACAAACAUGCUGGAUCUUUGCUUCAGCACAUCCUCACUUUCACCUCCAUCACUGACCUUCAGUGAUGGCCAGGCUGGCAGCCAUAUCCCAUCCCCUCCAGGGCUGUAAAAAACAGAUGCUUUGAAAGGGAGAUGUGCAGAGGAGAUGAUGGGCUACCCCCUUUCCCUUAGGCUGCACUCAGCAGGCAGUCUCCACCCUUCUGGGCAAGCAUACAGAGACAGCCAACAAUCUCUUCCUGUGGUAACACAGCCCAACCAGUUGGCCUGGGGAGUCCUGUCAUCAGACACCUUCUGAUGGAGUGUGCUCAGCAGUGACACUGGAUGCUCCUGAGCUGUGCCAUCUGGACACGAUCUGCAUUUUUUCUGUGGAGAUUUUUACUGACUGUGACUACAAAACAGGAUGCUUCUCAAACAUUAAAGGAAAAAGGCCAAAGAGUCAAGUUUGGCUUUUGCAAGAGAAAGGGAGAGAAAAAAAAUGGUAGUUUCAGAGUGUGCUUGCUAAGAAGAGCUCCUUCAUGGCCCUGGGCAAGGCUGCUUGCUUGGUGCUGUGGAGUAACGUGGUGAGAAGUGCAAUUCCUAGAGCCGGGAUCAAACAAACAUUAGCAGUAGCUCUUGACUCUACCUUUCCCAUUUGCACUUGCUGCAGCAUCCCUGGGCACCACAUGCCCUCCCAACAGCAGGGAUGGCUGGGCCACAGGUGGCAAUUUGCCACAUACUGGCAAUCACACCAGCAAACAUCUGCAGAGCUGGCUGGGUUUGAUCCCUGCUGACCUAAUCCAUUCACCCAUGAGUGCAGGGCACGCCAGUGAGGGUGGAGUUUCAUUUUCAAGUGUUACUGCAGGAAACCGGAGUUACUAAAAAUAAUGAGAAGCUCUGACUGGAAUUUCAUAGAAUCAUAAAAUGGCUUUAGAAGGGACCUUAAAGAUCAUCUAGUUCCAACCCCACUGCCAUGUACACAAUUUGGGAAAUAUACUUGUUGAAUCCAGAAAACUGCUGAAAAUUUCACUUGUGGGGUUUUUUACCCUAUGUAAAAGUCUUUCUGUAUCAUAUCUCAAACAAAAACUACAUUACAUGUGAUUAUAUAGACACUGAAUUCAAAGGGGAAUGUCUGCAGCAAUAGUCUCUGAGAUAUUUAGGACUGAAAUGAAUUGGGAAGUCAGGCUAUUUCUGCUCAUUUUUGAUAGUAAACUAAAAAUUCACAUUGGGUUUGUCAUCUUCAUGAUAACGUGUGGUCAUGGAACAGUGAGAUUGCAGCAGUCUCCAAGUGCAAGUUGGCAUCAGUUGUUUUUCCAGAGAAGUUAAAUUUAUGAGGUUAUUAUUUUCUUGUUUUCUUCAUACCUAAUUACAAAUUUGGAUAAGAGUAGUCUUAGUUAAAGCUUUAAAAAACUUUAAAACUAAGAACUUUCAAGUCUGACAUUGCUUACAGUAAACAUCCUUGAGGCUGCCAAGAAACAAACUAGCUAAACCUGGAAGAAGCAAAAUUGACAUAAAUGGUAAUUAUGGCAUAAAAUUCAGAAUAAUUUUGAUUAAAACCCCAAUCCUUCUAGUUAAUUUCUAACACAUUUAUAUACCAGACAAACCAAAUAAAAACAAAAAAUAUAUACACAUACUUUAGUUGCUUUUACAUAUUCACAUGAUAAACCUUGCAGAUUGUUUAGUAAGGAAAAUGUUCCUAUAUGUGAACUCUUUGGAAUAGUUGCCAGUGGGAAGCCCUGUGACUGGAAUAAACUAAAAUUAAACUGGAAGAAACCGGGAAGAGGAAUCAUUUUGCAUUUGCCAGAAGAUACACUGGAAAAUCAUAACUCUUCCAAAUUUAUGUUUUGGCAAAGUAUAUGAUCCCAAGAUGAGAAAACAGACAUACAAGAUAAAUACAGUAUCUAGGAAUGCCACAUUGGAAUCGAAUCCUACUUGAAGAAAUUGUUUCAAUAUUAUUUUAGAACAAUGAUGCAAUUUUUUUAGAAAAGGAUGUUGUAGCCCUAGAAAUCCCAAUGGUCUCCUAGAGGAAGAGCCAGGACAGAGAGAGAGGGGUGAGUGGCCAGUCAUUCAUUGUCUCUUCCUCUUCUGCCCUACCCUCCAUCCCACCUAUAACACCAAUUGUUAAAGUCACGCAAUUGUUCCAGAAAGAAGGUGGUGGCACAGUUCCAGGUUAACACUGCCAAGACAAUAUUCAAUCCUAAUGAGAGAUGAAAUCGUAGAAUUAGAGUUUGGGUUUUUUUUUCCCGUCUGCUUAAAAAAGUUGGUUUUGGACAAACAAACCAGCAAAAUUAAAUUAAACAUGUGGUUGAUAAAUGAAGUGCAGAAGAGUGUAUGGAAUAAAAACCUGGCUACCACAGGUACUUAAAGUACUGUUGGCUCCCAUGCACUGUUAUUACACAUCUUUUGCUGAAAACUGUAUACCUUUCACAAUUUUGAACCUCCUGUGUGUUUCCUCAUAUUUUCAAUCAAAUUAUUACAUACUAGAAAUAUGCAUAAGGGAAAUUAUUCUACACAUUUUAUGGUGUGCUGUUGCUUGUAGCAGUAAUUGAAGUACCUUUUCCACUUAUGAAAGUACUAAUUUUAUUUGGUUUUAUUGCUUUUCUAGAUGCAAUUAUUUAUUUAGUGUGUUUUGGCUUUAUGAAAUUAUAUUUACUAUAGGAACAUCAUAAAAAUGUAUGAAAGCAACACAUCAGCCACUACUGCCCAAUGACUUGUUUUAGGGAAUCUAGUGUUAUUUUUCAUAUCCAAACAUAAUAGAAUAAGGUAAGAAUAAAGAGAUAAUCUACACUGAAAAACAAUGCAAUUUUGAGAUAAUAUAAUAAAACACCUGGACAAUAUGAUUUCAUAAAUCUUACUUCUAAAAUUUACAUGAGCUGGGCAUUAGGGUGGCUAUUUUAGGACAUGCGGCAUUUUCUAAAUGGAAACAUAACAAGAAAUACGAUUAAACAGUAAAGGGGAAAACACAUACAGAUUUAGCUUGUCCUGAACAACUGGUUCCUACAGAACAAUGGAAAUAUUUCUACCUCAGCAGAUGUUCUGCAUCAGACUUAGGAAUUGCAGAGUUUUCCUCUGGCAGUGACCGACAGCUUUGUUUCAAAAGUUGUAUCAGAUUCAUUUUUAGGAGGCUUUUCACAUGCAGUGUAUCAUUAUGCAUUGAAGGUCUAAUGUGACACUAAAGCGGGCAUCAAAAUUCCCAAUACCUUCAAACAGAGACUCAAUAUACUGUCAUACACUCAAAAUAAAAUCUUCAGCAUUUGUUGGUGUUAUUGUGGUGUCCAUCCUCAAUGUAACUCCUGUAUUUAGCUUUUGUACUACAUAACUGAAUAGACAGGCACAUACCAUUUGAAAUCUCAAAAGGAAUCUUUAACUUAAUAUAAAAGCAAGGAACAACUGAAGUGCCUAGAAACUGAGGCUAAUACUUUCAGGGUAGAAAGAAAACGGCAAUAUAAAAAUUUUUCAGGCAUCACAGCAGUUGACCGGGAGUUUUUUCUAAGUCUUUAAGCCAAGGCCAGGAUAGGAGAGAUGUCUUUCUAAACACUGUGAUGCACUUCAGUCCUAAUAUAUUAACAAAGAAAAUAUAUGUUUGAUUUCUCUUCAGACAGUCAAGAUCUGUCUGGAUCCACAGGAAUUCCUUUUGACAUUACACCGGAGAAUUCAGUGAAAGCAGGACAUUUUCUGUGUUGUCAACUGCAGAGCAUUUUGUAGUGAAUGAGGACCAGAAGUUGAGAACAAAUAGGGUGACACAUGGAAGGGGGGAAGGGAGGGAAGACUCUGAAGAGUGAGAUGCAGAGGUGCCAGUCCUGCAGGCAGUGCCCUGCACAGGGCUGGAACUCACAUUGCACAGAUUGGCUGACUUCAGUGACACCACUUGCAGCAGCAGCUGCACAAAUUUUUGAGGAUUUGAUCUGCAGGGAAGAAAUAAGAUCAAAUUAAUGCUGCAAAAGUGUAAACUUUUUCACCCUGAUGGAAACAACCUGAAAUGCUGAGUGUGAGCAACUGUCAAGGCAAAAGGAGAGGAGCUCCUCCAGAGCAGUGCAAAGGACAGGAAGCAGGGGAGCACAGGGACUGAUUUCCGAGGGUGUGAGAUGCUUAUCCUUUUAGGCAGAAGACAAUACAAUAAUUAUUCAAACACAUUUCAAGGAAACAGGAAUCAUUUGUGUUAAAUCAGGAAUACAUAAGCAAUAAAUAGAAUGUGAAGCUUUUGGCCUUGGCAAAUAUUUACAAUUUCUUCUUAACAUUUAAGUACUGUGUGGAAAAUCUUGGUUUAUGAACUUUGAACCUGUUUUAAGUUUACAACUGCCAAAGCAUUUCUUAGUCUGAGAGAUGCAACCUUUUCAUGGUUACUUCUGGUGACUGCAAAACUUUGCAUGGCUGAAAUGUUUUGGCUUUUUAAUUGUCCUGUGCACUUCACUUGAGGGCACCAGUUAUUCAGGUAGAACACAGUACUCAAGGAGAUAAAGAACAAAUUCUCCAGUACUUCACUUACAGAGGGCUGUAGAACUUCACUCUUUUUCAGGGAACAUAGACCUCAAUCUCCUACAGAUGAACUGAAAUCCAUUUUAGGUACUGAGGGUCUCACAUUCAAUUCCCCAGCAACUCUUAUUUGUUGCAACACUUUCCGAGGUGAAUUAGACAUGGACAACCCACUCCCAACUGUGACAAAACACACAGAGGAGCACAAUAGAAGAUUUUCCUCCUCUAAGCCACCUGAGGCUGGAUGAAGCCACCAAUAGCAGUAGGCAGCUUCUGCCACAAACAAGAAAUUUGUUCAGUAAAUUUUAUUGAUCAUCUCCCUUAGCUAAAUUUUGUAGUUUUAAGUCAAACUCAAUCAAUGUAAUACAGCAGGUAGUUUUGGUGGUAUGGCCUUUGUUCUAAACUCUGAACUCAUCUAUAGCUUGGCAAAAAUGGUGAAAUUCCACUGGAACAGCAGUAGUUCUGUCCAUUUUUCUGCCUUCUGUAUAAUUUUAACAUCUUUUGGUUCUGUUAAGAAAUAUACUGAGAAGCUCCAUGAGUGAAUGUGAUUAGAGAUGUAACUGGUCCAAGGUUUACAGCUGGAAAGCAAAUCUGGCAUAUAUCUUUCAAAUUGUGAAAUCUGCAAUAAAUAAAGUUUGGAAAUUACAUAUUAAGGAGGCUGAAUAUUUUGCUUACAUCUUUUAAAUCUGUAAUAUUUGAAUUGUCAAAAUGUUCUGGGUUUGUGAAAUUGGAAGCAAACCUGAAAAUCCUACUUAGCCCUGUUUCUUAUUUUUAGUAUUAUUUUUAUUUCAUCUUCUAUGAACUAGCUCCAGUGCAGAGUAAAGCAAUUAACAAUACAGUAGAAUUAGAAUGGGUGAGAGAGGAACUAUACCCAGUGUUACAAAGUAUCUCCAUUCAGUGGUAACGACAUUAUAAUGAAUUUGUU